AUGGCCUUUAAGUCCCCUUUUGCAUCUACUGUGGCGAGUCCCGGCAAAGGCAAGGCGGUGCUCUCGAUACUCCCGCCAUCUAUCCCAACACUGACGACUCUGACAUACAAGUAUCCUCUCAAACUUCUGUCACGUAUUCCAGGCUUUACUCCUCAGGGGUCUGUCGCGGGGGAGGAUGCUACAAGGCCUGUCCAUUUAUACUUGUUGACGUAUGGAGGUGGCCUUCUCCCUGGUGAUCAUAUCGAUGUCUCAAUUACAUUAGAGCCUCGGGCGCGAUUGGUGGUGACCACGCCUCAAGGAAGCACCAAAAUCUACAAGACCCCGCCAGAAGGACGGGGCCCAGGAAAGAUCCCGGUAUUGGAUGAUGAUAUGAGCCGUCAAACCUUGGAUGUUCAUAUCGGAAGUGAGGCUGGUCUCUGUUAUCUUGUCGAUCCGUCGGCACCGUUCAAGGAUAGUCGGUAUGAGCAGGUUCAGGUGUUUACUGUGGACGGGUCUCAAAUAGGGAUGAAGAGGAGCAGUCUAUGUGUGCUUGACUGGGUGACACAAGGUCGAAGCUCGCUUGGUGAGAACUGGGACUUUCAGAUAUGGAAAGGGCGCAAUGAGGUGUGGUCUGAAGAUAAGAUUAUGGGGAAACGACGCUUAUUACUGCGCGACGCUCUGGUGCUGGACGAUGAAGCGGCCAGCCAACCGCAUAGCCAGCAGGACAACUUACGGCUCGUCCGGGAGAGAACACAUCCACAUGGUGUGCUGGGCACAUUGAUUCUUUAUGGUCCAAUGUUCGAUCAGUUGGGGUCAUUUUUCAUGGAAUCAUUCACCUCGCAGCCACGCCUCGGUGGCCGCAAUUGGUCUUCUACGUCCACAACAGAGCCUUCGAGAGCUCAAGAUAAAGUAACUUGGACAUCUGCCCGCGUUCGAGCAGGGUUUGUCCUGGUGAAGUUUGGAGCGAAGGAUCUUGAAACUGCUCGGGAAUGGCUCGGGGGCAUGAUUCGCCAAGAAGGCAGCAUUGCCCGAGAAUUUGGUGAGGAGGCACUAUUCUGUCUCUGA